AACAAGUUGUCACAUAGACUGACAAAGUCCUGAUCGAGGACAGUCUACAUAUUCAAUCCCAAAGUGGCGAGAUUUAAAAGGAAACUCUUGCGCACAACACGAGAUGAUUGUGAGGAGACUCUGACAGUUGGAAAGAUGUCUUAUCAUUAUAAGGACUUCAUGGAUCAUAUUCCAUAUGUCCCUCCACUGGCUCUGCACGGCAUCUCCAUGGACAACAGCGCAGCACACUACAAAGAUGCCCUUCGGCUUGGACUGCCCUUCCACCUGGAUGCGGCAUACCUCGAUCCUGUGCACGGCCAGAGGUUGCCCUACAGACGAUUACCCUAUUUCCCCUUUCACGGACCCAGUGUGUGUGAUUAUUCCUUUGAACCCGCGUUCAUCCGGAAAAGGAACGAAAGGGAGCGGCACCGGGUGCGCUGCGUAAACGAAGGUUACGCGCGGCUCAGAGAGCAUCUGCCGCAGGAGUUUGAGGACAAGCGGCUCAGCAAGGUGGAGACUCUGCGGGCGGCCAUCGACUAUAUCAAACACCUGCAGAGCCUGCUGGAAUUAAACGUGUCCGGGAUGGAGGUGUCACUUGGAGAUGUGCGCAACCUUGCGCCACUGCCGCAGAGGACAGACUGUAACAGUGAUGGAGAAUCCAAAACUGGCCUCAGCGACAGUGGGGAGAUUGUUUACUAGCCUUUUCUCUCUUCCUGAUCUGCUGUACAUUACAGAAAGUAUAAAUAAUACAAAAUAAAUGAAAAAAGAGAAUGUAGACUAGCCUAUUGGUGAAAAACAAUCUUGCAUGAAACCUGUAUUACUACAGUAAAAUGUGCCAUAAA